AUGGCUGACCCACCGUUGUUGUCUACACCACGCAAUACUGAAAGAGAUGCUGAUUCGUCUAAUCUGGAAAUUGGAAUUGGGAGGAUUGAAUCAAAGCUGGAUAAACUGAUUGGCUGGCAGCAAGAAGUGAUAUCGGAGGUGCGCAAUAUCCAAGUUGCACUUAAUGAACUACGUACCACAACUGAAACCCUAAUGGAUGAGCAGCAACAGUUACGUGAACAAAAUGAUGAGCUGCGAAAGAAAGUAGAAUGGUGUGAAAUUGAAAUCGACAAACAAAAGCAAGAAAAAUUGAGCCAUUCUCUGGAAAUGUCGAACAUUCCGGACAUGGAAGGUGAAGAUCUAUUUAAAAUUGCAAAUACUAUUUGCGGAGAGAUUGGAGUCGAACUACGAAAGGAUGAAGUCAAGGAGAUCUUCCGGACGCCUGCCUAUGCGUCCACGAAAUCUCAAUUGCCUCCAUCUAUUCAGAACCUUCAACUACCGUCUCAAUCGAACACACGAUCAUUAACCACUAUUAAAUCUCUCAAAAUCAACAAAACGAAUAGUCUCAAACUGUUCUACUUCAACGCUAGAAGUCUACGAGAUAAACUUACCGAGCUAGAAGUACUACUGGAUGAUGCCCCAUGCCGAAUGGAUGUUCUUCUGAUAACAGAAACAUGGUCCCGAGGUGAUGUUGAAUCAUCCAUGUCACUUCUAAACUACAAUUGCUUCUUCGCUUCGCGAUCAUCAAGGCGAGGAGGAGGUUCAGCAAUAUUCGUUCACAAAGAUAUCAAUGCCAAACUUGUGGAAUCGUAUUGUGACGAAUACAACAGUAUUGUUGCUGUGGAAAUUGGAUAUCCACAAAAGAUUGUUUUGACCUGUGUAUAUAGGCCACCCCAAACACUUGCCACCGCUGUGGAUGGAUUCAUAGAAUUGCUAGAUGAAUUUCUCACUCGACGAGGAAAAUACACCAUGAUCUUAUGCGGAGAUUUCAACAUCGAUUUGUUGCGAACUAACACUACCGUGCAGAAAUAUACGACUACGGUUCACUCAAAUGGAUUUAACUUCUGCGACACUACUCCGACCCGAUAUGAAGCGUGUCUGGAUCACAUAUCUACUAACAACACAGCAAUCCACACAACAGUACAACAUCUGCAGUACAGUUUAUUCGACCACGAUGCUAUCUUCGUUGAAGCCGACUACAAGAUAACUAGCCUGCCACAAAUGCGAGAAGUUUACCCAAAAAUUAACAUAAACAGUUUCCGUGAGAUCCUGCUACAGCACCCUAUAGUGACGAGCCGUAGUGUCGGUGUGGAAACUAACUACACUUCGUUCAUCUCAAGAUUCCAACAAGCACAGGGAAAUUCAUCGAAACGCAUACUAGUGUCAACAGUAACUCGCAGACAUUCGAAACCGUGGAUGGAUUACGAAGUAGUGGUGUGUAUACGGGCCAAAAAUUACUGGUAUGCAAAACAUCGCAAAAAUAGAUCCGAUAACUUCGUCCGAAACGUAUAUUAUGACUGGUGUAGAAAAGUGACAUACAUGAAGCGAAGAAAAAUGAAACAAUACUAUGCUAAUAAGUUUGAACGAGCUAAGGGAAGUGUAUCGAAAACUUGGGACACUAUAAAGCAAGUUAUAGGUACGAUCAAAAACUGUGAUGCAAUUACCGGAAAGUGUGAUACCUUAGAAGAUAGACUAUGUGUGCUUGAAAAUGCGAACAACUACUUCGCCAGGGCUGGCGCGCAACUAGCGAAGAAGAUACCAUAUGUGGAUCUGGGACCAUUCUGCGAACAAACCAAUAUUUCGCUCAACUUCACCACUGUUGGGCUAUCAAAUGUAAAAGAGUUUAUUAAUGCACUCCCAGCAACAGCAUCAGCUGGCUAUGAUGGAAUCCAGUCAACAAUUCUCAAGGAACUCUGUGAAGAACUGUCGCCGAACAUAUGUGACAUAGUUAACUCCUCAAUCCUACAAGCUCGAAUACCAGCUGAACUGAAAGUAGCGAAAGUGGUUGCAAUUCCGAAAUCGUCAACCCCUAGUAAUAUCUCAGAAUUCAGGCCAAUCUCAAUUCCUUGUGUAGUCGACAAAAUUCUUCAAAAAGCUAUUAACAAACAGCUCAUGGAACACCUUGAGAAUCACAGUCUUCUCUCAUCUCGGCAAUACGGAUUUCGGCCGAGUUCUAAUACACAAGCUGCUUUAUUCGAUGUCGUUUCAACAAUCCAAUCGCUAUGUGAUCGGAAGGAAAAGGUUGCGGCGGUGUUUCUUGAUCUAAGCAAGGCUUUUGAUACCUGUAAUCGAAAAAUUCUUCUCCGUCGUUUGAAUGAGCUUGGAGUGAAAGGAAAGAGUUGUAAGUGGUUCAGAGAUUUUCUCGACAAUCGUAAACAAUAUCUUUACGAUAAAGGUAUCAGUAGUUCGCAGCAUCCUAUUGACUUUGGAGUUGUUCAAGGUAGCACAUUAGGACCAACGUUGUUCAACUGUUACAUCAACAACCUAAAAGACCUACCUCUUCAUGGAAUCUUGUUUAUGUAUGCUGACGACAUCGUGCUAAUUUACACCGGAGCAAACUGUAAUGAACUCCAGCAGCUGAUUAACUAG